CCCGGCGUGAGACAGGACGCUGCAGAGAUUGACAGGCUGGCUUUGACUUCAGCAUGUACCUUUUCUCAGCUCCCAGAGACCGCCCUUGGAUGGUGCCUGCCAACCUAGAGGAGGUGUGCACUCGGAGGAGGUUGCCGGGGUCUUAGUUCCACCUGGAUCUUCCAGAGGAACGGCCUAAGAUGGUUCUGUGUGAGGGAUGCUUGCUAGGAUGUGGCUUUGUUUGCUAAGUGAAAGUUGAGUGCUUGUUGACAAGGCCAUUUGUAGCCUACAGAUGGGCAGCUCUGAGGGUCCUGUGUUUGGGGAAACUUGUUUAUUAGAGAGAAUUUGUGAAAGGGUGCUAGAGGGGAUCACCUCCUCUUGGAUCUGGACAGAUGUGUAUGAGUUGCAUAGGAAAACGUUUUGUCCUUAUUCUGUUCCCUCUGUCUGUCUCUCCUUCCCUCUGUUUCUUUUUUCUGAGACAUCUAGACCCAGGGGCUAAGAAUGCACUACCCAGAAGCUAACCAGUCUGUGUUGGACUGUUGAUGGCAGAAGAGAAUCUGUCAGUAGGGUGGUUGACUCCGUAUGUUAUGGUUGAAUGUUCCUGUCAUGGAGAUGUUUUAGUUGAGGGAUUGCCAUUGGUUCUCGGGAUUUGGGUUGAUUUAUUUGGUUUGGACUCAUCUGACAAUUUGGAAAAUAUAACAUCUAAUUUUUUUCCAUGUGUGGAUGUAAUCACAUGACUUGGUGUGACCUGGGAAAGAAAUGCUUGGUUUGCAUCUGGAUUCCAGUUUUAUAAGAGUGGGCUUUGCUUUAUCAGAGCCUCUUUACAAUUGAAGUAUGUAAUGAGAUUAGAGAGGACGAAAGGUGUCCGCUGGGGGAAUAGCCCGGAGUGGAAAUGAGAAGACGUGAGGGUUCUCAGGAUUCCUAAGGAUGGAUGCGUGUAUUUUGCUGUAGUGUCUGCCUGAUUUACCUGUUUUAACUUACCUGUAAACUUCAGUAUGCUGUUAAUCAUUAAAGGCUUGGUUUUGAAAGUGUGAGUUUGGGUUUUGAUUGUUGUUUAGUUUUGAUUUUAUUUGUACGACAUUGCGUAUUUCGUAGAACAGGAUUGUUGAAAAGGACCACAGCUUUACCUGGUUCUACUUCGUUUUACAGAGGAGGACACAGUUGGACAGGUUAGCUGGUUUGCUCAGGGUUCUCUGACCAGUUCAGACCCAGGCUGGAGCUGAAGCCCAGGCCCUCCUGAGUCUGGCUUUAACCUAGUGCUCCACACUACUAAUUCUAGGAAAAUGUAUUAUUUUCGUUAUAAAUGCAAAAACCUUUACAGUUCCAUAUUCCCAAUUGCCUUUCAGGUUUUUAUGAGGUUUUAGUUUUUAAUUCCACAGCAGUUACACCUGUGAAGGAAUAUUUUUAGAAUGAGUCGGGUAAAGGGGCAUUAAGGAGAGGAAAAGGAUCUUGUCAUAGGAGCUUGCCCACAUGCCCUUGUAAAUGAUGUAGUAGGUGGGUACAUAUAUGGUUAUGAAGACAAGGAACUUUGGACCCUGUCUAGUCCAUUGCCCUUUAGUUCUCUGUCUCCAUGGAGGUAUUUUGUACACUUAGUCGUUUUGUUUAUCGCUGUUUGUCCUAAGAGUGUCCCCAACAACUAUCUUGAUUCCUGUUAGUUUUUUUCUUUUAAUGUUGUGUGGGAGAUAUUAAUAUACUUAUUUUUUAUAAAAUUCCCAAAUAUUGGUAUUGUAUCACUUUCAUAACUGUUUUUAUGUUUAAAGCACUCUCCAGUUACCAGUUUUACCUUUAUAAAAUAAUUGGAAUUAAAGAAGAUGGAAUAUUCCCAUUUAAAAACUAGUAACGUUUUGAGGAAGAAAGUAGACAUUUGACACAGGGCCACACAGACCAUCAAUGUGUUUGAGGAGGAGCUAAAAUUCCAGUUUUUUUGGACUCAAUUCUAUUCCCAUAACACUACAGCAUUUGUAAGAUGACUUCAGAGAAGUUUUGAAAUGCCCAGAAAUGUUAGCACAGUGAAAUAUCUGCUAUUUUCCAUUUUCUUAUUGGAAGAGAUUAAAACUACCAAACUGGUUAGACUGUUUUUCUUAAAUAUUUUUUUUUUUCUUUUUUUGUGAGGAAGCUCAGCCCUGUGCUAACAUCUGCCAAUCCUCCUCUUUUUUUGCUGAGGAAGACUGGCCCUGGGCUAGCAUCUGUGCCAAUCUUCCUCCACUUUAUGUGGGACGCCGCCACAGCAUGGCCUGCCAAGCGGUGUGUUGGUGUGCGCCCGGGAUCCGAACCAGCGAACCCCUGGCUGCUGCAGCGGAGCGCACGCACUUAACCGCUUGUGCCACCAGGCCGGCCCCGAUUCUUACAUAAUUUUUAAUACCAAAAUAUUUCAUGGUCAGAGAAGGCUUUUGUAGUUCUGUCUGUUUUAACCCCUGCAUUGUAGGUGUCUACAGAUUGCAUUCGUUCAGUGUGUGUUUUCACAUGUGACAGCACAUGUGUGCUAGGUAGACAGUGGCAAAUGGGGAGAAGCCCCCAUCUCAGACUUCAAGAGGCUGCGUGGGAGUUUUUAAUAUCCUUAAGUUGAUGAUGUAGUCCUGGCAUAUGUAUCCUGGAACUGUUCUGGCUUUUCUAGGGGUCCCCCCCCCCACUUUUAUAGAUCAGGUAAUUGCACUUGGUUGUGAGUUUGGUUGUGAUUUUAGAGUUCUGCAGUGUUUGAGACUAAGUCCUUUCCUAGAGCCUCUCAGAUGAAUCUCCUUAACAUCUGGGAAGUUUUAGACUUGUCGAUUUUAGGUGUUGUGUUGAUGUAUUUGCUAUAGGUACUUCUUAACCGGCUGUCAUUUGUCUCCAAGUCUCUGCUGGUGGCAAGAUCUUGUGACUUAGGUCAUCAGGGAUGAUUCCCAAUUCCCUGGGCGUUAACUUCACGUUUUCUUAUGAAGAUACAAAGUUUUCAAGAAUAACUCAGAGAUCGGCGGCAGUAAGCACACAAUGAAUGAUCACCUACAUGUUGGCAGCCACAGCCACGGGCAGAUCCAGGUUCAGCAGCUGUUUGAGGAUAAUAGUAACAAGCGGACAGUGCUCACAACACAACCAAAUGGGCUUACAACAGUGGGCAAAACGGGCUUGCCGGUGGUGCCGGAGCGGCAGCUGGAGAGCAUCCACAGACGGCAGGGGAGCUCCACCUCUCUGAAGUCUAUGGAGGGCGUGGGGAAGGGGAAAGCCGCCCCCAUGACCCCCGAGCAGGCAAUGAAGCAAUACAUGCAAAAACUCACCGCCUUCGAACACCAUGAGAUUUUCAGCUACCCUGAAAUCUAUUUCUUGGGUCCAAACGCAAAGAAGCGCCAGGGCAUGACAGGCGGGCCCAACAACGGUGGCUACGAUGAUGACCAGGGAUCGUACGUGCAGGUGCCCCACGACCACGUGGCUUACAGGUACGAGGUCCUCAAGGUCAUCGGGAAGGGCAGCUUUGGGCAGGUGGUCAAGGCCUAUGACCACAAAGUCCACCAGCACGUGGCCCUGAAGAUGGUGCGGAACGAGAAGCGCUUCCACCGGCAGGCCGCAGAGGAGAUCCGCAUCCUGGAACACCUGCGCAAGCAGGACAAAGACAACAGCAUGAACGUCAUCCACAUGCUGGAGAAUUUCACCUUCCGCAACCACAUCUGCAUGACGUUCGAGCUGCUGAGCAUGAACCUCUAUGAGCUCAUCAAGAAGAAUAAAUUCCAGGGCUUCAGCCUGCCUUUGGUCCGCAAGUUCGCCCACUCGAUUCUGCAGUGCUUGGAUGCUUUGCACAAAAACAGAAUAAUCCACUGUGACCUUAAGCCCGAGAACAUUCUGUUAAAGCAGCAGGGUAGAAGCGGUAUUAAGGUGAUCGACUUCGGCUCCAGCUGUUACGAGCAUCAACGUGUCUACACGUACAUUCAGUCCCGCUUUUACCGGGCUCCGGAGGUGAUCCUUGGCGCCAGGUACGGCCUGCCCAUCGACAUGUGGAGCCUGGGCUGCAUUUUAGCAGAGCUCCUGACUGGCUACCCGCUCUUGCCUGGGGAGGACGAAGGGGACCAGCUGGCCUGCAUGAUUGAACUGUUGGGCAUGCCCUCCCAGAAACUGCUGGAUGCCUCCAAACGAGCCAAAAAUUUCGUGAGCUCCAAGGGUUACCCUCGCUACUGCACUGUCACCACUCUCUCCGACGGCUCCAUCGUCCUCAAUGGGGGCCGUUCCCGGAGGGGGAAGCUGAGGGGCCCGCCCGAGAGCAGAGAGUGGGGGAAUGCACUGAAGGGGUGUGAUGACCCCCUUUUCCUCGACUUCUUAAAACAGUGUUUAGAGUGGGAUCCUGGGGUUCGCAUGACCCCCGGCCAGGCUUUACGGCACCCCUGGUUGAGGAGGCGGCUGCCGAAGCCUCCGACCGGGGAGAAGACGUCUGUGAAAAGGGUAACCGAGGGCACUGGUGCUAUCACUUCCAUUUCCAAGUUACCUCCACCUUCCAGCUCAGCCUCCAAACUGAGGACGAACUUGGUACAGAUGACAGAUGCCAAUGGGAAUAUUCAGCAGAGGACAGUGUUGCCAAAACUUGUGAGCUGAGCUGAGUCCCUGAGGCUGGUAAUCUGAAAGAUACGACGUUGCUGAGCCUUACUGGGUUGAAAAGGAGUAGCUCAGACCUGUUUUUAUUUGCUCAAUAACUCGACUCAUUUGUAUCUUUUCAGCACUUAUUUUAAUGUAAGAAAGUUGUUCAUUUUGUUUUUAUAAAAUACAUGGGGACAAUGCUUUAAGUUUUUAUACUUUCUGAAAUUUUUUGUGUUCUAAAAGUACGAUCCGCCUCACCGUAUUUAGUGCGGCAGAGUAAUAAACAUCAGUGGCAGGCCAUUGAUGGCUUCAUGACUGCCGCACUCUUACAGAUUGCUGUCAGAGACGUUCACUAUGUUUUCCUGGUUCGUAUUCUCCCCAAGGUGAUUGCCCCCGAUGGCCCCCUGCUCUCUGUGCUCCAGGUUCUUGCAAAGGUGCAGCGUGUCCUGUGCGUUUCCAUCAGUUAUCUGGGUCGUAGUGAUGGUGGGCGGAGAAUGGUCAGGAUGGAAAUGAUACUCUAAGAGAAACUGCACCUUGGAGAUUUUUUUCUUAAAGUCGUGCUCACACAAAGUGAAACCCCCCAGGUUUCAAUGACCAGUUCGCAUUCUGACAUCCUCAAAGGCAGCCAAGCAGACCUGCUGGAUAAUUGGAAAUGUGUGGGCUCCUCUAAAUUUUCUAACAUGAUUGGUGAGCUGUUGUGUAAAGAAGCCUCAUAUUACAGAAUUGGUUUUGCACCUGAGUUUAGAAAUGUGUUCCAUGAAUCCUCCCUUCUCUCUGCUUUUCUCCUCUCUGUUCCUCUUUUACCACCUGUUGCUUGCAUUUCGUUUUUUUUUUCCUUCAAAUAUAUAUCCCAGACUCUUAAUACAGAAGAGAGACAUUUCGGCUGUGAUUAUGAUCAUCGUUUCAUAUUCCAAUUAAAAAAAGAACAGCAGCCUAGCUACUUAAGGUGGGCAUUCCCAUAGUUCCAGAGAAGGUUCAGCAGGUGACAGUGAGUUCACACGUUUUAGGUGCCCUUGGAAGGUUCUCUAGCCUGGGAGAGCAUCAAUUCCUUCUUUAACGAGGAAGAGGGUUGAAAUUCCUCUUGAUGAACAGAAGUCUUUGUGGCUGUUCAGUAAGGCCGAUUUUAGCAACACAUUUAAAAGAGGAAAAGUUCAACCUCAAGUUAAAUGGUUUGACUUAUUCUUUGCAUCAUUAGAAGAACCGCAGAAAUUGCAUUCCUCUAUUUUACUUUACUUUCUUUUGGAUUGCACUGAUUGCUUUGUGGGAAUGACACUUUACCUGGAAAAGUAACUGAGAGUUAGGUAAAAGAAUAUUUUCUUCUUUGAAUAAUAAUUAUUUUCACAGUGAAAAUUUCAGUAUUUUAUCGCUAAGGUAUGAGCAGUGAUAUAUAUCAAUUUCAAGGCACGUGGAAAAAAUUUUUUAGUAUGUGCAAUUUAAUAUAGAAAGAUUUCUGCCUGUUUGGACAAUAGGUUUUGGGUAGUAUAAAUUAGGAUAAAUACUCUUUUAUAUGCACAGAUAUUAUUGUAUUGCCUGUAAAUUGAUUUACAAAUACUUAAAGCAUGGUCCCCUGUGAGGCCAAGAAAGUUUCCGGUUAAGUUCUUUUAAUAUUAAUCCUACAGUUUCUCUUACUUAAAAAAAAAAAAAAAUUAGUUUUGAACAAAAAACACUUUACUUAUCUUGAGGCUUUGUCAGUUGAUGGUGGAGAAAAAUGCUCAGGAAAUAUUACAGAUAUUUGCCAAAAAAACAGUAAUAAGAUUAGCUUAUUAAUAAGAUAGUGAUGUUGAUAUUUGCUUUACUAUUUAAGGGUGUCACAGAUAAGUUAAUUUGUACUUCUGUAUUUAGAAAUUAUAGCUUCUUUCCCCUAGUCAAAUUCUUUAGCAUAUUGUACACAUUUCUGUGUAAUCUGUGGAGUGCAAUAAUAUGUUAGUAAGUUGGAUUUUAAAUGAUGCUCAUGUGAUGAUACCCCCAAUCAGUGGCUUAUAGAACUUAAAGAUUGUGUAUUUAUUAUUGAAAUCUUGGCUUAAAGGCAUAAGAACUGUAAGACUUGGUGUGGUGGCUGUAUAAAACCACAAGCCUCUUGAUGGUUAGCUUCUUUAGGUCAUGAAAAUAAACAAAGCAUAAAGGCUGUAUUACCCCUGCAAUGCUUGUCUUCCAUGUCCACUCUCAUUUGCACAUUUUGGUUUAAAUAUACAAACCUGAGCCUGCCAUUACUAUGAAUUUCCCUAUAAAUUGGUUAUACAUGUGAAAAUUUAUAAAUUGGCUAAUACUGCAUGUCUUUCCCCCACCACACAAAACUGGGAGAUGCCAACAGUGCAUUUGUGACCAUCUUUGUUCACAAAUGUAACCGGAAACUUUGAAGCCAAACUAUAAUGUGCAGUGCUGUGGGGGUCCCCCCCACUCUCCCCAGUGCAGUGAAAUUUCCUUUAUUCACAAGAGCCACCAUGUUCAGUGUUUAGUGAUAGAGCUGCUUUUUGAAAAUUCUGGCUUCAUUAUAAUGUCAAAAAGAGAAAAACGUCGCAUCUUUGUUGAUUUCCAAACAUACAUGAAUGAAGGGCUCUGAUAGGCUGCCAGGAGUUGGCUUGGCAACAGUCCUUGGUCUCACAGGUUACCGCUGUCUAGGGAUGUCUGGGCUGUCUUCAGACUUAGGAGUAGCACAGUGCCGUGUUGUCUUUGGUUGCAGUCUCACCUGGCUCUGUUUCUUGCACCACCAGAGUGUGCAUUGCCACUUAGGUGUAUUGCUACAACAGUGGAACAACAACAGUGAUUCGAGACAGCGUAGGUUAACAGUAGAGGAGAAACUGUGCCCUUAGUGUUAACAAUGUGCCUUUUGUUCUGAAUGCCAUGUUGUAGGACAUGCAUUUUUUGGCCUCUUUAACUCUUCGAAUACUAGACAGUAAGGAUGGAUCCCACCUCUGCAAAGAUACACCUGUCUUAAAUAUCCAGUUACUUACAGGCCUUAAUAGAAACCGUAAGGCGUGAAUCGUCAUCAGGCACUGAAGAAGGUACCAUUUGUUGGUUAGUGACACAGGGAACUCCGGUUUAAGGGGUUAAAGAUGGUCUUUGUUGUAUCUUAACAUCAGACUGAUUUUUUAAAUGAUAUUUUUUUUGUUAUGCUUACACUAGACAAAAAUCAACUGUAUUUGUAAAAAUUUACCUCAAACCAUUUAAUUUUAUAGUGUGAUUAAUCCCAGGGCAUUUGGUAUGAACCAAAGUGCAUUCCUUUUAUAUGUGCCUGGCUCUAGCAAGGAUGGCCAGGGAUUUUUACAAUUUGGGUGCAAGGCACUUAAGCCACUUUUAAACUUACUGGGUGGUUUGGAGUCGUGUGAAGGGACUCCAUCAGAAUGUGAGGAAACACUUUAGGCAUCAGUAGUAUUGGGCCAUAUUGGAAUCUUAAAAGUGUGAAUUAUUUUAAAGAGAGCAUUCAUUUUUGUAAUUUUUUUCAUCAAGAAUAUUUCUGGUAAGCAGAAGACUUUUUAAAAAAACUGAUUUGGUUGGUAAAGGUUUUAAUAUUGCCCAACACAAUGCUGUGGUAGCAUUUAAAAAAAAAGUAUUUGUGAACUCUUUAUUUCUUAGGGGCCUGUACAUCUCUCUGCUAUGGACAUAUAGAAUUAAUUGUAACUAUACUCAGCUCAACUGCUACAGUUAUGUCUAGGCAGUGGCUUGGGUUUUUAUCGAGCAACAACUUAGACACGUGACUGUAAUAUGCUGCAACUGUGUGUACUGAAAAUCUGUGAAAAUGGUUGAAUGUGGACUGUGUAUAUAUGUAUGUAAAACCUUCUGUGAGAUGCUGCUGUCGCCACUUUACAUGAACCAUGUUCUAGGGGAUUUUGAUCCCAGUGGCCAGUUCUAUGAUACUGUAUGUAUUGUACAGCUGAUGACAGGAGUAAGACUGUUCAGUGAAUUUUUGUUAAAUUUUAUUGUGGCCAGAGAUAAUUUCAGAAUAAAAUUUUAAUGUCCUACCGUA